AAUCCAAUAAAAAAUUAUUUAAAAUCACUCGUCGUAAAAGUGGUAAAUAGUUAAUUAUUCCGCUGUAAGAAGAGUCCCAAAUCCCAUGGCUAGCAUUGGGUGCAAAGUACAGAAAAAUGCCACACGCACAAGAAAAACGCCAAAUAUUUACAUCGUCUCUCCCUCUCCUUCUCUCUCUCUCUUUCUCUAGUAUCCUUGUGUUCCUCGUCGUCGGCGACGAGGACAACUGCGGCGGCGGCGGCGGCGGCGGCGGCGAUGGCCGUGUAAUUCCUUCUAGGGCCGUCUCAAAUCGUCCCUCGGACCUACUCGAUUUUCGUGGCUUUCGCGACCAGCCUCUCGUGUCGUGGUGAUGAGAGAGAGGGGCGAAAUGGAAGGCCGUGAGGGCUCUAGGUUGGACAAUUCGCUCACGAGGAAGCGCCGGAGCAGCAGCACGGCGAGGCGGCGGCCGAGGCCGGAGAGCAAUCAUGUCGUGGAUGUGGAGCAGCAGCAGCAGCAGCAGCAGCAGCAGCAGCGAGACGGCUACUCCUCGUCUUCUUCGUCGGCGAUUGGCUCGGAUGAGGAUGCCAACUCCGAUGGGGAGGAGCACCAGAGGCGAGAGAUCCAUCUGAAUGCCCCUUCCCCGGAUCGUGCCGCGAGGCGUGCGGCGAUGGAGGGCGGCGCUAUGUCCUCCAAUCCUAACCCGAGAAGCUCGCACAAGACCAAGGGGAGCAACCAGCUGCAUUCCGAGGGCUCGGGUGGUGGUGGUGGUGGUAGCUCCAGGAAGGGCGAGAGCGGCCAUGGUGCGGUUGUUUCGGCAGGGAAUCGUGAGUCGUCGACCGGUGAUAAAACAAGGAAGUUGAAGCUCAAGAUCGGCGGAAUCCGCCGUAGCGUGCCGGCGAAACCAAGCCCUGAUAUGUCGCAUUCCAGGUCUUUGCCUGUGAAGCCUCCGCGGCCAGGAGAUUCGCAGCAACGGCAAAAGCAUUCUAGUCAGAUGAAUUACUUUCAGGCUGAAGGAGUAAAAGAUUCCAGUAGGUUGGCAUCUUCCCGAGACAAGAAAACCAAAAAGGAGAAGUCAAUUGAUGACGCGCUAACUCCAGAACAACCAGCCAAAGUUCACAGGGAACCAUCUUCAGAUCCUGUCCGGAAGAGUAGGAGGAUUGCUAAGAAAUCCAUCUUGGACAGUGAAUUAGAUGAGGACUAUGAUACAAAUAUUCUUGAUGAUUUUGGAACUUCUGAAGGUGUGGAAGUCCAUACUCGUGAGCCUGCAAAAAAAACAGGAAGUAGCUCUAAGAAGAAUGCUGCAAAGAAAGCUAAAACUAAGAGCACAUCAUACGAGAUCGAUAAUGAUUUUGUUACCUCCAGAUCAAAAAGGGAUGGCAAUAAAAGGUCUAGGGAAUCUACUGAUGCUGAUAAUAGUGAAGAGGAACCUACAUCUGACAGUGAGCUUGAUGCACAAAACAGGAAGCAGAAAGCAGUCACUGAAUCACCUGCUAAUGUAAGAAGCGAGCCUCUGACAACACGUCGCCGUGCCCUUCAAUCAUGGAUGGAUGGAAACAGCAACAGUGCUAUUGAGUUCCCUGAUGGUUUGCCACCAGCUCCUUCAAGAGGCAAGAAGGAUAAGCUUUCUGAUGCGGAAAUGCUUGCCAAGAAGGCAGAGGCUGCUCAGCGGCGCAAGAUGCAAGUCGAGAAGGCUACUAAAGAAAGCGAGGCUGAAGCUAUAAGGAAAAUUUUGGGCCUGGAUUCUGAGAAGAAGAAAGAAGAAAGAAAGCAAAAGGAGCGAGAAGAUAAGGAGAGAGCAGCCAGAGCACAAACUAUUCCUGAAAACACCAUCAGGUGGGUCAUGGGCCCAAAGGGCACCGUGGUUUCAUUCCCGGAAGAAGUAGGCCUUCCCAGCAUCUUCAACUCCAAGCCUUGCAACUACCCUCCCCCGCGAGAGAAAUGUGCCGGACCAUCAUGCACGAACGCAUACCGGUAUAGGGACUCCAAGCUGAAUCUCCCUCUCUGCAGCCUGAAAUGCUACAAAGCCGUCAAUGGCAACGCUUGAUUGACGGGACGCUCGGGCCGUGCCUAUUUCCCGGUUUCGCAAUCAACUCUGAUCUAUAAUGUUCCCUCAAGAAAGCAUUCUCGUCUAUAUACUGGUGGAAAUAAGAUAGGAUGAUCAUCAGCCGCGGAGAUGCACAUUUUUGGUUGAGUUGAUAGAAAGAUACAGCUGUCCAAUAAGUGCAUAUACAUGUGUAUCAUGUAUGCAUAUUUACAUACAUAUAGAUUUGUCAACCUGUUUUCAGGGCUUGUGAGCAGAUGUACUGCUGCUGCCCUCUGAUACCUGUAUUGCAGAUAGUAGACAUAUACACAUAUGAAGGAGCAGAAAUGUAGAAUAAGUUGUUGUACCAAAGUUCCUUGUGUUUGUUCACUUCUUCAUUCAGUUUAUGCACACACUCGGCCAUCAUGUCGUUUGUGUAUAA